AGCGUCUUCUCCUUUAAAGAUCUUUGUAUUUAUUUGUGUGUAACAGGUUGACAUGUAAACUACACAGUGGGCGUAUGGAUUGGAGAAAGUGUGCAGACGGUAUGUAAUGAUGACUCACAACAGAGGAAGUUGUGCUCAAGAAAGUGAAAUUCCAUGUUUCAAUGGACAGCCACAUCUUGAAGCCAGAUUUGAGUGCCCAAUCUGUCUUCAGUGCAUGAGAAAUCCCAUCUUGACAGCAUGUGGGCAUCGAUUUUGCAGUGACUGCAUUACAGACUGGCUGAGGCAAAAAGACCAGAGUUGUCCUAUUGAUAGCCUUCCUAUCAAUCAGGAGACAGAUCUGUUUCCUGACAACUUCACCCGUCGUGAGAUUCAGGAACUUGAUCUCCAUUCUUCGUCUUGUAGUUAUGAGAAGAGAGAAGAAGUUCAGUGUACCUUCCAUGAUGUGGGAUGUACAGAAAUACUUACAAAGAAUUCUUUGGCUGAGCAUCUGAAAUCACAAGUUCAUCAGCAUCUAGAUCUGCUUAGACAAGCACACAUGAAAGCACGAAGACAAAACUCUGUUGAAGAGAAGUUGAAAGGAAAAGCACAGGAAGCAGCUCUUCUUUGGGCACCAGAUUCAAAAGGAGAAUCCACAGAGAAAAAUGGGGAAACCUGGCAAGCACUGGCACGUGACUUAUUUGGUAGAAUUGUGGUCCUGGAACAGAAGUACAAUGAACAUGAAAUACAGCUGUCUAACAUCAAGCAGCAGCUGCAGCAACAUGUCAGCAAUUCAAGUGCUGUCCUCGAAGAAAUCUGUCGUAAACACUGUGGUGGUGUCAUGUUGUGGGCUAUCCCUGAGUUUCGUAAAGAGCUGAACACAAUGGAAAGAGAACCUGCACAUUAUUUCCUUUACAGCCCCAGCUUUUACACUUCAUCCAAUGGAUACAGGUUUUGUGCUCGGCUCAAUAUAUCACCAAAAGAUCACAAUUACUUAUCAUUGUUGAUUCAUCUUAUGAAGACUGAUCAUGAUGUUUGCUUAGAUUGGCCGUUCACUGGAAGAAUCAGUUUUCGCUUGGUCAAUAUGAAAGAUUCACAGUUACACAUUCAAGAAACCAUGAUGUCUAGGCCUGAAAUUGAUGCAUUUCAACAGCCAACAAAAAACAUUAACCCUAGAGGGUUUGGAUACACAGAAUUUAUUUCAAUACCAGAGCUUAUGUCUGCUGGAUUCAUACAUAAUGAUACACUUACCAUCAAAAUAAAAGUGCAAAGUGUGUAAUUAAUGUGAUUCUUCAGGUUUCCUCAAUGUAGUAGAUCAUUAAGGAGACCUUGGACAAGAAGCCGGAUAGGCAUGUGCAAUAUUUCAUCAGUUUACUGACUGACCGUCAUCAGGUGCACUCAUGGAACACAAUAAUAUGGCCAUUCACCUAGUACUUGUCUGAUGCAUCUAUAUACUUCAUGCAUAAAUGAGACCAUUCACAAAAUAGUAGAAACACUGAGUUGUUGGCAGGCACACAAGAAGAAUGAAAAGAAAACUUGCUGGAACUCAGACGAAUACUUUUAUGAGCUGGAGUACACACACACACACACACACACACACACACACACAGAGAGAGAGAGAGAGAGAGAGAGAGGGAGAGAGAGAUAGAGAGAGAGAGAGAGAGAGAGCUACAUCGUGCUGGCUGAACACACAAUACCAGGAGAUGGACCGGAGUGAGCGGUUGUGUCAGGUGCGGUGGGUAGAGUGAGAAAGAGGUGGGAGUGGGAUGAGGGGUUGUUGAGAGGUAGCUGGUGCCUCAGAUGGUAGCAGCAGGUGUGCAGGAUAGAAAUUCAGGAGGGGGAGACAGCAGGUGCACUGGCUAGGAAUGCGACACAUAGGCAUUGGAGUCAGUGAGUUAGUGCGAUGCACAGUGAAAAUGACAUGGAGGCAUGGACUGAUAGUUUUAACGGGAUAGAGGAAAGGGGAAGCCAUUGAGUAGAGGGUGUGCAUGCACUGAAUUAAUAGAGAUUGAGGCCAAGACAGUUAUGGGAGUGCAAGGACAACUCCCAUCUGCCUAGUUCAGGGAAGCUGGAGCUGGAGGGAAGGCAGGGGUUGUGGAAGAGUAUGCUGUGCUCAGUAGCAUGUUCCACCACUGGAUGGUCAGCUCUGUUUUUGGCCACAGUUUCGCAGUGGCAAUGCUCUGCAGAAAUUAGAGCACAGCCUGUAUAUGACAUGACUACUUUCACAGGUGUCCCUGUCUCUGAUGAGCUAGGAGAAGCCUGUGACAAGAUUAGAGUUGAAAUCGAUAAGUAGUUAAAUCAGGCAGGUCUUGCUCUCAGGGUCUUCCACAGGGAUAUGACAUCUGUGCCAAGAAACUGGAAGUUGGAGUAACAUGUGGAUGGACAGGGAUGUUGUGUAGGUUGGUUGGACGAAGGAAUACCACUUCAGGAUGGAUGGGAAAGAUCAUGUGUAGGAUGUACCACCUAGCACAUCCUACUCUACUUCUGUCACAGGCUUCUCCUGUCUCGUGUGAGGCAAGGGCACCUAUUAAAUCAGCCAUCAGCUCUACUGUAAUUUCUACAGAGCAUUUUAUGUGGAUAUGACCACCAACCAGAUGUUCACCAGAAUGAAUGGCCACCGACAAACUGUGGACAAGAACAAAGUUGACCACCCAGAGGCAGAACAUGCUGAUUAGCACAACAUGCUGGAGCUCAGGGGUUAUUUUACAAACCAUGCCAUCUGGAUAUUUUCCUUCAGCACCUCCUUUUUUUACAAUGUAAAACACUUCCUUUGUCCGCCCCCGUAGCUGAGUGGUCAGCGUGACAGACUGUCAAUCCAAAGGGCCCGGGUUCGAUUCCCGGCUGGGUCGGAGAUUUUUUCCGCUCAGGGACUGGGUGUUGUGUUGUCCUAAUCAUCAUCAUUUCAUCCCCAUCGACGCGCAAGUCGCCGAAGUGGCGUCAAAUCGAAAGACUUGCACCAGGCGAACGGUCUACCCGACGGGAGGCCCUCGUCACACAACAUUUCAUUUCAACACUUCCUUCACUCCCGUAAUCCUUCUACCCUCAGAUCCUCAAAUACUAGACUCACAUUUGGGAGGGCAAUGAUUCAAAUCUACAAAGGGCCAUCCAGAUUUAAGUUUUUUCAUUAUUUCUGUAAAAUAACUGUAGACAAAUGGCAGGAUUAUUCCUCCAAAAGGGCAUAGUCAAACUCCUUCCCCAUCCUGGAAUCAGUCUGGGCUUGUGCUCCAUCUCUAAUGAUCUUGAUGUUGAUGGGAUGCUAAACUAAAUCUGUCUAUCUUCCUUCCUUCAUGGCCUCAAUCACCAUUAAACCACUUCAUGCGCACCCUCUACCCAGAACUUUCCUCUUCCUCAGUCCUGUUACCCCCUCCCAUUCUAUGCCUCCACUUUGACAUUGUCAUGCACCAUACAAACUCACCAGCUUCGGCUUCCGUUGUCGCAUUCCGAGCCCAUGGACAUGCCACCUCCCCAUCCCGCAUUUCUAUCCCGCACAUCUGCAGCACCCUCCAAGCCACAAGUUACAUCUCCACAACCCCUCAUUCCAAUUCUCGCCUCUUUGUCCCUCUACCCAACCCAACCCCACCCCACCUGAUAUAACCACUCACUCCUGCCAAGCUGCAGUUGUGGCAUAGGUAUUCAGUUGGCACAAUGUAGCUGCACAGGUAUGCACUUGUGUGUGUGUAUGUGUGUGUGUACUUGAACGUGUUAAAAAGGGUUCAUCUGAAAGCUAACAAGUUUUUAUUCUAUUUUGUGUGCCUGUUAGCAGCUCAACGCAAACUAUUCGACGAAUUCCUUCCUUUACUCCUAAAGUAUUUACAUACCACAUUUGAUUUAUUUUUGACAUACUUUAUGUAUAAAUAUACCACUGUCCAUAAUAUUAUUUCUUUGACUUAGUGUAGAAACAUAACUUAUAUUUUGUCAUUUUUAAUACACCACUGUUGACUCAAUUCAAAACAACUGCAAGAAAUAUUGUCAUUUGCUGUUUUUCAUUGCAUAUUAGUGUACAAUUGUUUUUGACGUUGAAAUGUGUUCAUACACUGUGAUAAAUUUCAUCAAAAUCAAUCGGCUCUGUGGCAUUGGACUAGCAGUUUACUACAGACUUGUUCAUGGUCUCCACCGGAAGAGAUCAUACACAAUGUGUCACACCAAAAAAGAUGAGACUUACGUUGUAAAUUUGUAUUCUUACUAGGUAUGUUCAGUUAGUUAUACUUGCUUUAAAAUGGAUCCCCUUGUAAUCUGUAUAUAGCUGCAGUCAUUCUGACAUUGCUCAAAACAUUCUUGGGAGCAGCACAAGAGUUCAACCAUUUUUGCCUUCCACAAAGCAUACAAACUCAUAAGUUCUAAUCCGCUGCCACUUGAGCUGAGUGAUUGUGUUAAAACUUGUCAAAACCUGUGUAUUGUUGUUCUGUGGUGUAUUGCCAUGUUUUGACGGAAUGCAAACCCGUACUUAUGACUAGUUUGAAUAUUUUGUCUGUUAAUGUUUUGUUUACAACAUUUUUGUACUUGUUAUUAUCUAAAUACAAUAGUAGUAUAUUUGUCUGUUGCAUGAGCAUUACCACAGAAUGUAGUGCAUGUGUUUCCAUUUUGUGAUAUCAUUUCCAUUGAUUUCUGUAACAUGGUCUGUUGUAUAAUUACUAGGGUGAAAAGUUUUGCACUUAGUUAAUAAUCUGAUUAUCAUGUCACUGAGGAACCUAUAAUGGUGUGCUGGGAUGUUUUUCUUUGACUGUAUUUUAGAUUUGGAUAAUGUCACCACCCAUAGUGGUUUACAUAUGGUGUCAUACAUGGCCAAUACAGUGUUACAGUAGCAUAUACUUUUAUGUUCCUAAGUGCAGGACCUAACAAUUUUGACUGAUGCCUCAGAUCUCUCCUGUUCCAUCCCCAUGACCUCCCCCCCUUUCAGGGUAUUAGUUCCCACAUGCUGCGAAACUCAACAGGCACUGUGAAGAUUCAGUCUGUGUCCUUAAGAACAGCAAACAUUGUUGUUGGUAUCAUUUAUCUUUUUAAUUACAUAAGUUUCUUAAAGUAUUACUCAAAAGUGCAAAUAACUACCAUACUGUGGAAAACCAUUAACUAAAUUCUUGAAGCAAUGAGAGACUAUUUUAUCAGUAGGAAAACAUUGUUAGAUUCUAUAUUUUUGCAUUAUGAGGUAUGUUAUAUACACUUUAAAAUGUCAGUAUUAUAUUUUGUGGGGUGGGAUCUUUUCCAGAGUGCAAUAACAACAUCCUUUUGUAAUGUACAUUUUACUGCAUUGUUUUUAGAAUAUAUGUAUUACUGGUGUCAUCAUUUUAACCAGUAUUAAUCACUAUUAUGCCGUCCAGUUUAUUACGAAAGUGGUUGGGUUAUAGCAGAUAUUGAAUGUAUAUUGUUUAUCC